AUGUCUAAUAACCAAGAUCUGAAGAUGGACCAGGUGUUCAACGUCAAGGACAAGGUUGCUCUUGUGACUGGUGGAGGAUCAGGCAUCGGCACGGUGACGGUGGACGGCGGAUACGCGAUACAAGUUGGAAACUAA